AUGAAGUAUACUCUGGCAGUUGGCCUCCUGGCUGUGACCGCAAGCGCCCGCACCGUGGACCAUGUUGUGAACCAAACAACUUGUGCUGGCACAACCUACAAGUAUACCGGGCUGGCCGGCUAUGGAUAUAUCCCAUCCAAUGCCAUAGAUAAAUAUGGAGACACCAUCGGUGGUAUCGGGAGCUCCAUUGCCAUCGAUCAGUCUUCCUGGCGGAAGACAAGCAAUGAUGUAUACUCGGGGACCAUCUAUACAAUUCCCGAUCGGGGCUGGAAUACCAAUGGCACUCUAAACUUCCAGUCGCGUAUCCACAAAUUUGCGAUUUCCUUCAAACAGGCCCCCCAUGCAUCUGCGGAGAAUCCUUCUAGCCCCAAUCUGCACCUGAAGUAUCUUGACACUAUCCUCCUCACUGGCCCUGAUGGGAAUCCCACCACAGGUCUGGAUGCCGAUGUUACCGGAGGCGCUUCAUAUCCCGGAUUUCCUCUUCUUCCGGCGGCUACAUACACUGGAAACGGCUUUGGGGGUGCUGGUAAGGGCGGUAAGAGAAUCUCCGUGGACUCAGAGGGCCUGGUACUCGCCAAAGAUGGUGGUUUCUGGGUAUCUGAUGAGUAUGGCCCCUAUAUCUACAAAUUCAGUGCCUCAGGUCGUAUGGAGCAAGCCAUUCAACCCCCGCAGGCUUUCCUGCCGCGGCGCAAUAACACGAUCAGCUUCAAUUCGGACAGCCCUCCGCUGUAUGAUCCGGAGGCGAUUCCAAACCCUGAAGAUACCGAGACCGGCCGCGACAACAACCAGGGCUUUGAGGGCUUGACAAUCUCCCAGGAUGGCAAGACUCUGUACGCGCUCAUCCAGUCCUCGCUCGACCAGGAGGGCGGGCCCAAGAAGCGUUAUCGCGCGCCGGCUCGUAUGGUCGCCUACGACAUCUCCGGUUCAACACCACGUUAUAUUCACGAAUGGGUUGUUGUACUGCCCAAGUACUACGACUAUACUGAGACCGAUGCUGAUAAGGCGUACAAAGUUGCCUCUCAGUCGGAGAUCCACCAAUUGCCAACAGGGGACUUCCUCGUUCUGUCACGCGAUUCGGGCUUCGGUCAUGGACAAGCUGAGUCGCGGUCAGUAUACAGACAGGCUGACGUGUUCUCGGUUUUGAAUAACCACUCGGUAACGGAUUUCAAGGGCCUCGAAGACUAUGACAGUGCCACCGGAGCCAUUGCCUCGUCGAAGGGAGUAUUGAAUGACGAUAUCACUCCUGCCGAAUACUGUUCUUUCUUGGACUUCAACGUCAACUCAGAGCUGGCAAAGUUCGGUCUGCACAAUGGCGGUGCACAGGAUCAGUAUCUGCUGAAUGAGAAGUGGGAGAGCUUUGCUCUUGUUCCGGUGGAUCCCUCUUCUUCAAAUGGUCAUCACAAGCGAGGAGAGAAAGAAUAUUUCCUGUUCUCUUUUAGUGACAAUGACUUCAUUACUCAGGAUGGUUACAUGAACUUUGGCAAGCUUCAGUACAAGGAUGAGUCUGGAUACAACUUGGACAAUCAAGCACUGGUGUUCAAGAUCAAGUUUUGA